AUGGCUAACAACGUGACCGCUACCAGAGAAGCUACAAGGCGUACUCACACUUACAGUUUCCAUCGCGAAGGCUUGAUUCAAUUGGGGCAAUUGGGUGGAUUGAUCACUGGUCAUAAUAAAACUGUGUUCACUGAGAAUUAUGGAAACAUCUUGACUCUUUUGGACUCACACGUCGACGAAUGGGAGAAGCCUGAUUUGGACUACAUUGCCAACGCUCUUUAUUUGAGCAUAAGAGACGUUCAUGGAAAUUGGAAGAAGAAUGGUAACACUCAUGGUUUCUACAUGAGUUUCUUGAUUGAAAAGGCUCAAGAAUUGGCUAACAAAAAGUUGUGGGAAGCUUUCAACGCCCUUCUGGCCGUUUUGAUUUAUGGGAUCGUGAUGUUCCCUAACAUUCACAAGUUCGUUGAUCUGGCCGCUAUAUGUCUUUUCGUGGAUAAGAAUCCGAUCCCUACUUUGCUAGCCGAUACGUACUAUUCCAUUCACUCUCGACAUGGGAAAGGGGGAGCCAUAAGAAAUUGUUUGCCGUUGUUAUACACCUGGUUUAAGUCCCACCUACCUACAAGUGGUCCUUUCAUUACUUCUACUCAGAAAUGGCCUCAAAGGAUCAUGGGGCUUACCGGAAAUGACAUUGUCUGGUGUCCCACUGGAAUGGACGUGGAGAAAGUUAUAACUAGCUGUGACAAGCCUUUGGACAAAGAGAUAUUCGAAUCCGUUUGCUUUGAAAAGGGAACCGAUCCAAAGGGUCUAGAAAAAGUGAGGAGUGCCUGGAAUAGCAUCCAUACAAAUGAUCAGAUUUCUCUAGGUGAAAAGAAUGCCGUUGCCAAACAAGCCUAUACAGAUUGGGUUGAAGAUAGAGUUAAAGAUCGCCUGUUGCCUUUCCCGAAGGUUAACCCAUUGUACGAGCAACCACCUAAGAUUCCAAUUGCCACUGUGCCUGCUGAGAAUUGUAUCCAGGUAGAUAUGGAAAGCACCCAAUUGCACGAAAAGAAGUCAGAUGCGCAACCGAAACAUUGUCUUGUGGACCAGAAAAAGGUUGAGUUGACACACGAAGCCAAAAUGCUGAAGGGAGGAUCUUCCAGAGUUCAAAAGAGGGCUAGAACGGAAAAAGGUGAAAGAGAUACUACUGUUAUUGUUGAGGAUCACCAGAAGAUCCUAAAAAGGGCCAUGAAAGAGGCAGAAGAGAAACUCAACUACGAGCAAGAUUCUCUGCCUCUCUCAUCAUGCAUCACCUCUGAAUCUACUUCUCGGCAUUCCGGAGCUACUGCGGCGUCAUCAUCUUCAAUAUCUCAAGAAGCGGAGUGCUCUCAAAUUUGGAAUCAAGAACUUGUUCAGUGUGGAAUUCCGAGGAGAGAGGUGUCAUCUCUCGGCGUUUCUGGAAAUUUUGGUUGGCUCUUCGCCGUGAGUUGGCCGGAGAAGACGACCGGAGGUGGUUCUCCGGCGUCUAUGCAUAGUUUCCUCUCUCUCUUCCGUUAUGCAUGCGUGGCACGUAUGUGUUGGCUGUUGUUCCCAUUUUACUGCGUUUUGUCUUUUAGUCAAUGA